CUAUUUUCCCCUGUCAUAGAAGCUCGUCGAGGUGUAACGGAAACUGCCAUUCAUUCACACCCACUCACCUAGGGGAACUUUUUGUACUAAAACAGGGAGAGAGAUUUACAUGUAGAAAAGAAAAAAUACAAAGUAUCGCCCGUACAAUUGUUGUUCUGUUGAUCUGCUAGUGCUAGAUUUGUACGCGACACGGACCAGCAAUGUCGGAUGUUUUCUGUGUUGUAUCCACUUGUUUGUCAGUAAAAGCUAGUGUCGUUUCUCUUCCAAGUGCGUUCUCUUGACACUAACAUUUUGGAAAUGAUAGUAUCUUAAGUUGGGAAAAACUGCUUUACUAAAUGGUCAGCGAAAAUGAAAUCUGCGGUUAAGAAUGUGAAGUUGAGGGAGUGUUACAAAGAGACUCAGCUGUGGAUACCAGAGCCAGGCACUUUCAGCAAGCGUUUCCCCAGCACAGUCUCUACGUAUGUUGCUGAGGAGGACACAAACACCGACAGCUCCGUCGCCAUGGGGAUGGGACUAACCGCCACGGGAGUGGUCUGGACCCUCGUCUCCUUCCUCAGCACCUGCCUGUGCUGCGCGGGCUUCGUCUUCCCGUACUGGAUCGCGGGCGCCGCGCAAGUGAACGAUCCUCACGUGUUCCACUUCGGUCUGUUCCGGCGUUGCAAUUAUCCAACAUCUGAACGCCAGACCGUCAUUGGCUGCGGUCGCUACUCCAGCUUUGAGGACAUACCCACGUUGUCGUGGCGGCUAGGGACCAUUCUGGUAGGCGUGGGCUGCGCGGUGUCCAUGUUGGUCGCGUUCACCGGCAUCCUCGCGUGCUGCGUGAAAGACUUGGUGACGCAGAAAGUUGGGAGGGUGGCCGGAGUCAUCCAGAUAUUUGCUGCUUGCCUUGUUGGAGCCGGUUGUGCUCUGUACCCUAACGGUUGGGACCAUCCCCAGGUCAAGAUGGCGUGUGGGGAACGGUCAGGCUCAUAUCAGCUUGGUGAGUGCAGCAUUUCCUGGGCCUACUUGGUGACCAUCGGCGGGUGUGGCCUGCUCAUACUCUCCGCCCUCCUCUCCUGCAGGGCGGGGCGGAGAAAACUGGAAGCCUACCAAGUCUGACCCACCUUGCCUGAACUAUAACAGGGAAAAAGAAAAUAAAUUUGCUGUCGAAAUUGGAAGUGAUCACUCCGGAAGAAAAUCUGAGUGACCCACACUGCUUGACUUAGUCUUUAUUUUCUUGUCGGUGUCCUUGUAUACGAGCUAUCGUGCACACUUGAGGUCUGCUGUUAAAUUUCGUAAAGUUCUCAAAACUGGAUUUGAUUCCUUGUGUUGAUAGGGCCCGCAUCUUGACCGCUCGUCGGUGACCGGCGGCGUAAGGGGAAUAAUAACAGUCUUGGAACAAGACUAUGCUCAUCCAGGAAGCUUUGAAACAAUAUGAUAAUGAGGUGCUUAUAUAGCGCUUCGAUACUAAAGUCUCAAAGCGCCUCACAAUUAUUACCCCUGUUCAUCAGGCCAUGAUAUCAUUUUUUUUGCAGCAACUUGAGAUCAGCGCAUUCUGGUCUCUACCCUCACAGGUACCUACAUUGUGUAUUUAUACUUUUGGGUAAAGAGAGGCAACUGUGGUAAAAUGUCCUGCCCAAGAACACAAGCACCGUGAUCCGCGUUAGGGUUGGAACCCUGUGCCAGGGGACGUGAGUCAAACACCGUAACCAUUGGACCGCAGCGCUCCUCAAUAUGCAAGAGUGCUGUUUAUCCAACUUCACAUGUACCAGCUCGGACGUAGUCGAGUGUAUUCAAGACCGUAUUCUGAGGGUGAAAAUUAUAAGAGGAAAACUUGUGCAGAUGUUUUCCGAGUCAUAUACAUGUAUGUGGAACUACUGAAACCUGACUUAAAGCCAGUUGAUACUCGAAUGCGAAACGUGACGUCACGGCAGGUUUUUGCAUUGCGAAUUCACUAGUAUACGUAUUUCCAUUCCAGACCUGAGAAUUUCGCAGAUGAUGUUGCGUGACGUCACAUUUGCUUCGCAUUCACAUUCGCCUCAAGUAUGAAACCCAGCCUUUAACUAGCUAUUGGCAGUAGGUCCGCAGCAGUUUCUAUGAUUAUCUGAUUAAUUGAUGCUUCGUGAACUCUUUGUAAAGAUGAAGAAUUUUUUUUCAGAAGGCGCAAGAACACAAGCUGAAGAACCUGAAGCUAAAACCUCGAUAAAAUCCACAGAUGAAACACAAAAGGGAGCAGUUAAUAAUCAAGAAGAACAAGACGGGUGGUUUUUUUUUUUAUAAAAGCAUCUGUUAAAAUGUUUUAAUCAGGAGACGAUAUUUUGCCGUGUGUACGAUCCCAAUAUGUAUGGGGAACUUUCCCCUACAUAACUGUCUGAAAUCUUUGUGUUAGUGUGUACAAUAUCAUACUCUGUAUAUUUAGUAGCUUUUUAUUAUAUCAGCAUACAGUGAACACUGUAUCUAUUUUGUAUUUAUUGGACUUGUAUUGCCUAUUUGUAUUUCGUAUACUCUUGUCAGGAGUGUUUUCUAAACACAUACACUGUAUAUCAUGUUUUCACUAUUUUUAUCACUAAAAUAAUGUAAUGGAUGUUUUGUGCUAUAGUAUUAUGAUUGUCAUAACUAUUUUGACUUUUCUACACAUAUCCUAUUUAUCCAUUAAAAUAUAAGCAUAUAAAAUUAAAGAUACUAUACAACAUUUGCAAAU